AUGGCUGGUAAGCAUCAAGCCGAUGUCGAUUUGAUCAGCCAAAUCGCCGCCGCCUCUGCCGUCAAAUCUUCUCCCCACCGCAAUCAACUCACCCUCGACAAUGAAAAUGGCCUGAUCGUUCCGAUGUCCACCAUCGGGACGUCCGCCAUGUUUGGAAAUGAUCCCCCAUCCUUCUUCCCACCGACCGCCUUCACGUCCCUCCGCUCCCAGUCGACGCUCCAAAAUACGGUCAUCGACCUCACUGAGUCCGAUCACAGUGGCGCGGCUGAUGGCGAGCGGCCUGCCAAGAGACCGCGGCUGGAUGCUGGCAAUGGGCCUUCGCAGUCGUCCGAGGACCCUCUCCAGAACCAACAUCAACAACAUCACCAAUCCCAAAACCAGUCCAGCUCUCAACAUCAUGGUUCCUCCACGGCAAGCGAAGCUCCAGAAUCUUCUAUGAAUCCUUUAGAUCUCAUGAAUGCCUCUUCGACAGAGCAGACCGCGCGGCCGCCAUGGUCGUUCCCGAGCGAUAUACGGAGAACUGGUCCAGGGGCUCAGACGGAGCUUGCCCAGUGGUCGCAGUCUGCAUCUUUGCCCCCGCUGCCUAUUCGCCCUUGGAAAUAUGGCAUCCAAGAACGGUAUGUCGCUGGUGCGACGAACCAGAAAAAAAACGAGGAAUGCGGAGAGGUGACGACGACACCGUAUCGUAUCGACGUUCCCUCCAUUGCACCACGAUUCGCAGAUAACAAACCUGCGGAUUUCGCUCCUUGGAGAGGAUCACACCCUGAAGACGUAUUGUCAGAGCAAACCAUCAAGCAAGGCUUCCAUGACCGCUCUCCAGUGCCCCCUACUGAGAGCACGAGUGCCAGAACAAGUGUUUAUCCCCAUUUCAAGCGUCGUUCUGGAUUGAAACUCUUGUCAUCCGUUUUUGCUGCAGCCCUCGAAAAACGCCAGGCCUUAUGUACAAUCACCGCGGCGUCGACCUUUCGGCCUCCUCCCCGGGUUACACUAACCGAUAUCAAACGUGAGGCUUGGCUUCGCGAUUUGGCAAACCCCUCUAUUCCGUUACGUAGACUUAGUCGCACUAUACCACAUGGAAUCAGGGGCAAACUACUUCUAGACCAAUGCCUUGGGAAAUCCAUUCCUAUUUGUCGGGCUAUAUGGCUGGCUAAAUGCGUGGGUGCCAACGAAUUACGCGCAUUCAAGAGAAAAGGGACCUCUGCGGGAGUUGCGAGUGGUCUCGAAACAAAAUGGGUUCGAGACUGGACUGUCAGCGUACAGCAAUUCAUCGAGGGCGUGAUUGCUAGUUUUGGCGAUGCGAGCUGGAAAUUGAGGAUCUCUUAUAGUAUCAGGCUCUCGGCACGGAUCUUUCUCGAACACCUGAUCGAGCAAGAUCAUUUUCUAGAUUGGUUUCUUACGUCCUUAGAUAAUUCUUCUUUUGAGAGCCUUCCUGUGUGGCUCCUCAUGGUUGGGGUUUACUGGCAAAAUAUAGUCCGCUAUCGCAAAAGGGCAAAGCGUUUGGCGGAGUGCUUACUGGAGAAACUCCGUCUGGUGUCUGACGCCGGUCAAAAUGCACACUUGAACCCCGUUGCGCAGCGCCUAUCUCGCCUGACCAAAACAUUAACCCUGUAUCAUCCAUCCUCCUUUAUUCUUCCUCGGACCUGGGCCAAAUACGAAAGUGUACUAUCAUCAUGUCUAGACAUGAACCUCCCAGAGGACAAGGCCGCUUUCCAAAACCUUAAGGCCAGAAACACUCGACAUGUUUCGGCUGACAUCGGACUCCUCGGCCAUCUUCCACCACAUCGUCUCCCAAGCCAUAUAUGGAAUUUGCGGAAUACGCUCUUGUCAAGGACUGGAUUUUCAGUAGCUCUUGAGAAUGAUACGAUUCAACUCAUUAAGGCUUCCGUUCGACGGCGCCUUCCCCACAUGUUUCCUAUGCUUUCUAUAGAUGGAGAUGCUGAAAUGACAGAUGAUGUUGAUCUUACGUCGCUAAGCUGGACGGUAAGGUCAGAAAUAGGAAAUUGGAUAAGGAAUCAGGUAGCCUCUCAUGUCAAAAAUAGUCUCAAGAGUGCUAUUGACCGCGAUUUCGCAAGUGAAGCCAAAACAUCGGCACUUACUCCUCAAGAAUUUUUCGAAGUACGAUAUAUUCUUGAAUGUCUAUGUGAUUUCUCCAUGCUUGCCGACGUUUUGAAGUAUGCUUCCGGAUCCAACAAUGUGACCGUAGUAGCAUCAGCCGUCGACACACUGAACUAUCAUCUAGACUCGUUUAAUGCCAUCGGUGCUACUGGUGAUCUUUUCAAAAGCUUCACAGGAGCUUACGCUAGAAUCAGCAAAACUGAAUUAUCGGUCCAAGAUCUAAUUGCUUCACUUUUGGAUGUUGCCAUCAAGCUUCCAGCGGAAUUGUCCACGCUUUCUAUGCUCCGUCGAGAUCAACUCCAACGGGAUAGGAAGUUAGCCAUGGCAGCUUGCUCUCCAGUCUCUGACCACAUUGUUGAUACGCUAAAUACAGCCAACCCCACAUUCACGGAAGAACUGGAUCAGCUGUUAACUUCUGGGAAUAGCAUGGACGAAUCAACCAUGGCACGAAUUUUUGACACCCUUCGGAAGAAACUUGAAGCUGGCAGCAUAAAUGGGGAACAAAGUGCUCAUGAGACUGCGCGAUAUUUCGCAAACCUUAGGCCGUUCAAUACCAAAUUGUUCGAUAACCUCAUGAUCAAAUGGGUCAUUUCGGUGCUGAGGACGUCACCUCGACCAAAACUCUCCUCCAUUUUACCACCCCUUAUCGGCGUCGGAUGCGUGACAUUGCACUCUUUCUAUGUACUUGCUAGAGCAUUUCUGCAUUCUGAUGCGCAUAAAAAUGCCAUUCCGGAUUUGGCAGAGCUUCGCAUCGAUAUGAUUCAGCUACUAGACGAUAAGCUGUCAAAUGGGAAUGGAUCGCAGGGUCUGGUUGCGUAUCGGUUUAAAAUUGCCCGGCAAGGGUACAUGAGACAGUAUUCUGGAGAAGCUCUCGGCCUCAUCCAAGAUUUGCUCGCAAACCUUUCUGAAAAUGGAGUUGACACUCCACCCAAGCAAUUCAACAAUGAUAUGCUGAGUACCAUUGUGACGCCUCUUUUGUGUGAAAUUAUUGUUCGACAUCCUUCUAUUGUUGGGAUAGGCCUAGCUGCAGCCGAAAGAACUAUAGAGUCGAUCAAUGAUUUCUCAUUACCAUUGUGUCUAAUAAACUUACGACUGCUGUUCAAUUUCGAGUGUGACAAUGACGUGAAAAAGCGUAUUUAUGAUGUCGUCUUUGAAGCGGCUAAAUCAAAUAUGCAUAAGGGUCAGUCCCAUUGGAUUGAUGUUGUGGGAACCUUGCAUGCAGAUGCAGCAACAGAGAUCCGCCAACGAGCAGAGGAGCAACUACUGUCCCUUGUGCUCUCCUCCGAUUCUCUGCCGGCCAGCCCGGUAUCCAAGUCCGGUGCGCCAACAUCUAUAACCGCUUCUGCGCUCGUAUGUCUGCGCAUAGUGGAGAAUCUAUCAUUUAGCGUUCCGGAGAAUGGUAGUCCGUCACUGGGUCCUAUGCUGAUCGAAAAGAUGAACAUGAUUCUGCACAGAAUUACCAUCCUUGAAAGUCACAUCAUGAAUAUCAAUAUAACCCAAUAUAACGACCAAGCCGCGGCCAUUCGCCAGGCUCACGCGACCCAGGAAUCUGCCAUUACAUUCUGGUUUUACAUUUUGCUCCGUCUAGUCUCCAUCCACCGGUCCACAUUUACCCCAGGCACUCUGUCAAAAUCCGACUUGGCCGACCAAUCCCGCCUACUGAUCUCAAUCACCUGCAUCGCUCUAUCGAAGACGCUCUCCCCCAAGGUCCCCUCCGCCCAGCCCUACUACAUUCCCCCAACCACCCCUCUUACGUUUGCUGUUCCUCUCCAAGGUUCACAGCCUCAACCCCUUUUCUACAGUACCGAUGCUGGCAUAUCAACCAAUCUACGAACUCAAGCCCUAGAUGUCGCUGCAACUCUCCUCGACUCUAUCCCAGAUGAUAGUCGCCACCAAUGCUCGCGUUUCUUCCGCGACCGCUGCCCUCCCUUCCUUCACCCACAAAACAACCCACGUCUUUUCUUUCUCCUCGGACCCUUAGCAGCAGACACUCAGCCAUCGUCAUCCACCAUGCAAUCCUCCCAACAACAGCCGGUAGUACCUAACCUGUCACAAACAACACUAGGCCCCCCCGCCUCUACUGCAACGCCAGCUGCAGGAGCACCUCCUGGUGCUAAGUCAAACUCUUCGUCUUCCCAACAAUUCCAAAGCGGCAACAUCUACAACACCACAAACUUCCUCCCCUUUGACGACCAGAAUUCUCUUGUCGGUAAGUUGCGCGUACAGCAUCCGGGCGGCAUUGUGGGACGAUUUCCACUACGGCCGUGGGAGAUGCUGGAGGAGUCGGCGCCGGUUAUUGGUGUUAAUGACACGGCAGUGGAUUUAGGAUGGUUUGCAGCGAGGAAGGUCAGGGGUGAUGUUACAUGA